AUUCUGAAGACCCUAAAAAGAAGCAUGGCAUCCAGAAGGCAAAGGGUGUUAAGAAAUGCGUGGUUAAAAGGGAGCUUCGACAUGAUAAAUUUCUAGAAUGUCUUAGGAAUAAGAAACUAACUCGGCAUGAUAUCGCUGGAUCUUACUUGAUGGAAUUCGAACUCUCCCAUAUGGACAUUGGCGAAUUGGACUAUAUAAACGCCUGGUAG